AUGGAGAACGGCACGGCGGCCCCAGAGGAGGAGUACGACGUCCUCAUAGACGGCGACCUGGAGAGCAGCGAGACGCCGCGGUGCGAGGCGGAUGCCGCCUCGGUCCUCUCGGCCCAGCUGGUGCAGCUGCUCUGCUCCACCAUGUUCACGCUCGGCCUCCUGGAAAACGUCCUGUUCGUGCUCAUCCUGGUCAAAUACAAAGGCCUCAAACAGCCGGGGAGCACCUGUUUCCUGAACUUGGCACUUUCGAACCUGUGUUUCUCACUCAGCCUGCUGUUCUGGGCCCUGACGGCCCCGGCCGAGGACCACGCCACGUGCAGGGCGUUCGCCACGCUCUACGCCAUGGGCCUCUACGGGGAGGCGUGCUUCAGUGCCCUUCUGAUUGUGCAAAGCUACCUGGCGUCGUCCCACAGGCCGCACGGUCCCUCGGCCACCAGGGAGAGGCCGCGCAGCAUCGUGACCAGCGUCCUGGUCUGGACGGCCGUCGUUAUCACAGUCACCUUGCCUGAAUCCAUCUUUUACAAACUUCCGACCGACGGCCAGCGACCCACGUGCUCCUUCAGCAGGCCUCACCUCCUGCCCGCGGAAGACACAUUCUGGAGGCGCUUUCUGGCUCUCAGGACGAACGUGCUGGUGCUCGGGCUGCCGCUGUGUGUGCUGGUUUUCUGCUCUGUGCGCAUGAGAACAGCACCGAGGCGCAGAACCGGGGGCGACCGGCUUUUCCAGCUGGCUUGUGCCGUCUCGCUCCUCUUCCUGCUGAUGUGGGCGCCCUACAACAUCGCGCUCUUCCUGGCCGCCUUCAAGGACAGCCUCUCCCUGCACGGCUGCCAGCACACGUCCCACCUGCACGCAAGUGUGCAGGUCACCAAACUGCUGGCCACCGCCCACUGCUGCGUCACUCCUCUCCUCUGGGUGCUCCUAGACGAGCCCCUGCGGAACGCCCUCUGCCGCCGGCUCCAUGCGUGCCACUGCUCCCCACGCCGCCCCAGCCAGGGGUCUGCACGAGCUUCGCCGGGGGAAGACCGUGACCUCUCCUCUCACUUGUGA